AUGGCUACGGCUAUGCAGGUGACAGCCGAGGCGUUGGGGAAUCAAAUGAAUAAUAGGAAUAAUGGGAACAAUGGUGUCAAGGGAUCCGAGACAUUGAUUAGAGGUAACUGUGAAGUAGCUGGUAAACUUUUAAAUGCUUUGUUUAAUUCUAGAACGAAGCAUUCAUUUAUAGCAUUUGACAAGGCUAGUGAACUAGGGUUGAAGAUUAUGGUCUUGGGUUAUGAUCUAAAGGUGCAUAAUGCUACUUCUGAAGCCGUUGUGACUAGGUUAGGAUGUCCACAAGUGUCAUUCCGAGUUAAACAGCGUGAUUUCAUUCAUGAUUUGAUUUGUUUGCCGAUGACUGGUCUUGAUAUCAUCUUGGAAUUAGAUUGGUUGUCCAAGAACUGCAUUUUUCUAAACUAUUCUGAAAGGACAUUGCAUUUUAUGUCAGAAGGAUCAGAAGGGCCGGUUGUGGUGAAGGAUUAUUAUUUGAACUCUGUAGUUGUGAACUGUAGUGGAUGUGAAUGCAAAGGUAUUAUUCUGUUGGCAGCAAAUGUGUCAGAUGAGGAACAAAGCUUAGAGCAAAUUCUGGUUGUAUGUAAAUUUUCUAAAGUAUUUUCGGACGAUAUUCCUAAAUUCCCUCCUGCUCGAGAGAUCAAGUUUGCAAUUGAGUUGGUGCCUGGAGCCGGGCCAAUCUCAAUUGCUCCUUAUCAAAUGUCGUCGUUGGAAUUAACUGAACUCAAAUCUCAGUUAGAAGAACUAAUGAGUAAAAGUUUCAUCCGGUCGAGUGUUUCUCCAAGGGGAGCACCAGUGCUACUGCUGAACAAAGUCACUGUGAAGAAUAAGUAUCUGUUACAAAGAAUCGAUGAUCUGAUGGAUCAGUUGCAAGGUGCUUAG